AUGGCAUCCUCCGACGCCGCCGACUCCGGCAAGGCCGCCACAACAGACACCGAAUCCGCGCCCCGCCGCGGCGGCGGCGCCGCCCCCGUCAGCUACUUCCACGUCGAUUUCUUCCUCAGGCUGCUGCUGUUCGCCGCCACCGUCUCUGCGUUGGUCGUCCUCGUCACCAGCAAGCAGAACAAGCUGGCUUUCGUCCCCACGUUGCGCGUCUUUGCCCGGCUCAGAGCCAAGUUCAACGACUCUCCUGCUCUCAUGUAAGCCCUCCUGAAACCCUAGAAAGAAACAAAAAAAGGAAGAUGUUUGACCAUCUCCCGCGCUGGUUCAGAUACCUGCUCGCAGCGCUGGCCGUUGGCUGCUUCCACAGCCUCCUCACGCUCAUCAUCUCCGCCAUCACCAUCGUCAAGUCAGCCGCCUCCGCCAAGCUGCUGUUCCACUUGCUGAUUUUCGACGCGGUAAGACUCUGUGGGUCUGACUGUGCUUCGUCGAUAAUUCUUUUUCGGGAAGGUUUUGAGACCCAUCGAGCGAGAUCUUCCUUGCAGCUGAUGCUGGGGGUGAUGGCUUCCGCCACCGGCACCGGCGCCGCCGUCGCGUACAUCGGUUUCAGGGGGAACUCCCACGUCAGGUGGAACAAAAUUUGUGGCACCUUUGACAUGUUCUGCCGGUAUAUCGCCAGCGCCAUCGCCGUCUCACUCGUCGCCUCCGUCCUCCUCGUCGCUCUGAUCGUGGUCUCCUCCUACUCCCUCUACCGCCGCAGCCGUUGA